UGCCAAAGUUUGUCGACUGGAAGAAGGAGGACGCGGGUUCAGACGACAUGAACCUCCACUUGCAGGUGGCGGACGCGCUUGCUAAGGCGGAUGGGCUCGCGGAGAAGGGAUUGCAGCCCGUGCCUGAGAAUCUUCUCAAGGAAGCGCAACAAGCAGCGGAGGAGCAGAGGAGCAUGCCGAGCUUGGGAGUGAAGAAGGUGAGGAAGGACGCUCUUCCUGCAAACCUAGAAAAAAUGUUCGAACAAGCCGAGGCGGAGCAGAAGGUCGAGAAGAUCACAAAGGAGGGUGACAAGGCGGAGGAGAAGCAGGAAGCUGCUGUUGAGGAGAAGAAGAGGGAGUUGAAGAGACAAGCGGCCAAGAAGCAGGCAGCAUCCAAGAAGUCCAAGGCUGAGGCGGAGAAGAAGGCUUCUCUCAAGCUCUUGAAGCAGGUGGCGAAUGAUGCAAAGGUUGUCAAGAAGGGCCCGGCAUCGAAAUAAGCGACAAGAUUUGCGACAAGGACUUUAGCGGUUUUUUGACUCCCUCGGGCAAGAGACAAUUCUUUUGCAUUUUUAGAUUUUCCUUUGGUUAAGCUGGCUUGAUGAUCUUCUCUUACAAUCUGUAUCUCAUAGAUUCUUUUCUCGAAUAAAGGUGCACGAGAGAC